AAACACCCUGUCCAUCCCGCCGACAGGGCCAGCCAAAUAAGGACUUGGAGUUCCCACACAUGCACUGCACUGCGUCCAGGUCUGCGAACUCUUCACCUUCCAAAGAAACAACGAACAACGUCCACAACUACCAGCAACUACCCACCGCAUCCGACCGCAAACAAUUCAAUCUCCACUCAUCCAUCUUCAUAUCAACCGCAAAGGAAGAUUCCCAUCAACCACCCGCACAAUCCCAAUCACCGCAGACCGUCCUCGUCACCCUUUCAUCCGUCAUCGCUUCAUUCACAUACGAGCCCUCUUCCAACACCACCACCAGCCGAUCUAUGUGACUCGUCUUUCCACUCCACGACCAACACACGAGUACCAUACAGAAAGUCCUAAAUACUCGGGACGACUCUCCGCUCAACAGAAUUCGAUAUUUCCCAUCUCGCGACAUACUGCGAGCACCCACAUCAGUCCUGUCUCCCCACUAGUAGUUGCUCGUACAAUCGAGCAGAUCUUUCAAGAUGCCUGCCAGAUUAACUGCGCCCGUCUUGACCGUUGACGCCGGACUAAUUCACAAACUCGACACCCGAAAUCCUGAGAAUCUCUUUAGCAUGUGGACAGGUGAGCCUCACCUUCAACGGUAGCAACCUGCGACCGAAUACUAAUUUCCCAUAGUUCUUUCAAGAUGUUCUGGAUCAAUCGACGGAGGACCACGAUACGAGAACCUUAGUUGGCGACUAUGGAGCAGAGAAGUCUUCUGCUGCGAUCCCAAAUCCGAGACCGCGGUCGCCACGUCUCCCAUCUCAACCUCCGCACGAAGUUCCGAAGCGCAAUCUCCAAAUGAGGUCCCCAGUCUAUCUGGAAGCGUUGACUCAUUGGUCUACCAGGAGGAGGCAAUUGACUUCGAGUCUGGUAGCUCCGAUGUUACUUGCGCACCCAUCGAAAUGCACACCUCCCGAGCCGAUUCUAUUAGCAGUCGAGUAAGUCGAGGCCGCGAGAGACACAUCACUCCCCAAGAUCUUGAGAAGAUGGUAUUCACUAUCAAGGAAAAGAAGGAUUUGGAACCACUCCCACCCACCAUUGACACAUCCGCCGCGGUAUUAGUACCACUGACUGAAGACUCGAAGACUCCAAAGAUCGUCACUGAGCUCACUUCCAAACCAUCCACUCCCUUUGAAUGUUCAAUCACUUCCAACUGCGCUUCUGAAAACUCCCACGCAACCUCAGAUGGUGCAAGUGGCGUUUCAGAACGCAGCACGACUAGCAUUGUUAGAGGGUUUUCGCCAUCACAUGUCAGCUCCUCUUUCAGAACUAUCCCUCUUGUCACCGCCCCCUCUAGUGAGGAGGCCGCACUCGCCAAAACAAAAAAGCAUGCCAUGUUUGCUCUUGGUGGCUCUUCUGGUGAGGAUUCCUUGAGCGAGCACACCGACGCCAUUCAACAAAACUUGCAACUUAAGCCGACGAAGAAGAAGACUGCCAUAUUCUCUUUUGGUGGAUCUUCCAACGAGGAAGAAAGCUCAUUGCCACACAACAUGGCCAAUGGCGUACCAAAUGGGUUCAUGCGAUCCCCUGUGGUCAGAAAGCAAACUUCGUUUCGAGAAGAACUUGCUUCGCGCACCAUCCAAGAGGAAUCAUCAGCUCUCAGUGAUGAUGUCUUUGAGACUGACGAUGAGGAUGAGAUUGAUGAGAGUGCCAUCGACGAUGACGAUGACUCAUCUGACUGGGAGGAUUCAGUCGAGGACAGCGGCAACCCCAGCAUUGAUGAGAAGACCUUUUUCCAACGCGUUGACUCGAGACCCGCUUUAACUUCCCGUCGCUCACUAAUCGCCACCAUGCUCCACCAGAACGACCGAGCUACUGCACUUGCCCAAGCAGCUGCAAAUACCUCCAGAUCUACUCCAGCCCUCUUGCGAUCAAGAACCACCUCACCAAAUGGUCCAUCUCUUGCUGCCUCUCCCGAUUCGGAUGACGCUAGCCCUCUAAUGAUGAAGAGAAACAGCCCAGGAUUGAAGCCUAUUGCUGAGAUUCCUCGUUCUUCAGCACAACCUAUCCUCGCAGUCCCAACCCCCGGACCAUUACAACUCGCACUCUCACCUCGAACAACCCGCCGCAAGAUGAUCAAUGAUGAACUCACCGUCAGCUUGCGCCAACAUCUAGUUCAUGAACAUCGACAAAAAUCUCAAACAGCCAAUGCUGUCUUGCAACGACGACACACUACUCAGGAUGUUGCCAACUUGAAGCAAUACCCAGAGAAGGUGCACAUGAACAACAAGGAUGGAGACGCUUUGAAUAAUAGCUGGAACCAAUAUUUUGGUCAAGGCUUGGGCGAAUACCACUCCAAGGGUUGGUAAAUACGGAUUUCUUUUGAGACAAGUCCCUUAAUGAUAAUUCGAGAUAUCAUCGGUUGCACAUCGGCGGUUACCAGCGACCACAUAUACAUAUACGGUUUGGCCUACAGUAUAUUCAAUAUACGAACGGAGUACGUCUACAGCCAAACAACGGCUUCGCAGCCAACAGCAUUCAUCGUCUUGGUAUUCUUGGCACAGAACCAGACGUGAGGUUACCCGGAGUGAAGGACAUGGUAAUGUCUAUUGCUUGCAGCGACAGCAUUUUGCUUUUAAGCGGUUUCCUUUCUUGUGUGAACAUAGCAUGCACGGAACGGCCUCUACAUUGGUGGCGUUAUUAUUUUUGGCCUUUUUUUUUUUUCGCCCUCGACCAUGUAUACACCUACUUGAUUGGGUAUGACAUGCAGUGGCAAGGCCAACGGAGGAGAAAAGGGGUAUCUUUUCCUUCCGAUGUUAAUUUUUUUCUCUUGCUUUUACGAUACCUUGGCUUGGCUUCUUUUGGCCAGUCACAAAUAUUGGCGUUAUACGGAUGAUACCAGGGCAUGGAAUUUGUUUUUUUCUUAUUGAUUUUUUUUAUUUCGCAUCAGUCUUUUUUUUCCCUGUGUGUUUGUGUGUUCGGGACCAAAGAGGAAACGCCUUUUGGGGCUACCUGCUUUAGGUUUCGUUGUACAUGUUGUACAGGGGUGCGUGUUACGAUUAGUGAGCAUUGAAAAGAGGGUGGUAGUGGUUGCGGUGAAGCAGCACAUUUGUGCUAUACCCAUUUCUCAGUGGGGGGAAGCAUAUAAUGUGGGGAGGAGUGAAAUUGGGA